UAGGGCAGCAAGCGGAAGAGGCGGGGCGAGCGGAUCACCGCUUCCAGAGUCGAGGCUUUCGGGCUUGGAUAGUCGGGCGGUCAGGUGGCUUUCCGCCUGUCUCGUGUUUGUGUCGGUCCUCUGCCCAGCCAAGGCCGUAUUGUUGGUGCGCGCGGGUAGCGGGCCGCUCCAAGGAGCCGCACCAUGGUCCACCUCACUACUCUCCUCUGCAAGGCCUACCAUGGAGGCCAUUUAACCAUCCGCCUUGCCCUGGGUGGCUGCGCCAACCGGCCCUUCUACCGCAUUGUGGCUGCUCACAACAAGUGCCCCAGAGAUGGCCGUUUCGUAGAGCAGCUGGGCUCCUAUGAUCCAUUGCCCAACAGCCAUGGAGAAAAACUCGUUGCCCUCAACCUAGACAGGAUCCGUUAUUGGAUUGGCUGCGGGGCCCACCUCUCUAAGCCUAUGGAAAAGCUUCUGGGUCUUGCUGGCUUUUUCCCUCUGCAUCCUAUGAUGAUCACAGAUGCUGAGAGACUGCGAAGGAAACGGGCACGUGAAGUCCUGUUAGCUUCUCAGAAAACAGAUGCAGAAGCUACAGAUACAGAAGCUACAGAAACAUAAGUGAGCUGACUUAAAGGAGCAUAGCAGUGGGAACAAGGUCAAGGUCCUCUUGAAACACUGCAGAGAUCUUACUUUUGUUAGAUUUGGAGUACAAUAAAUGGAGUAUCCUGA